AUGGCGAAAUUGCCAUCGCUGCAGUCGCUUCCGCAGGCUUUGGAGGUGAGCCGGCUGCUCUGCGGCCUGCAGCGGAGCUUGGUGCCAGGUGCUGACAGCAGUGUGGACUUUCUUUGCAACAAGUUCUCUGAGCUGAUUGAAAGACUCAAGAGGGCCGAGGUGCAAGCAGUGCAGUCGCUGCAGUUGCAGUUCUGCUGCUCGCAAGCGUUGCUUCAUCCGCUGAAAGCUCUCCGCCUUCGCUUUGCCAGCUUGGAGGCUGGAGAGAAGUCGGAGAUUCAAAACUGCCUGGACUUGGAGGAAACCUUGCGAGCAGAGGAGCAGACCUCGGAUGCAGAGAGGAGGCGGCUGGAAGUUGCGACGAUCUCCGCUCGGGAGGAGACUCGGAAGGUGGAGUCCAAGGUGGCAGAGGCGCAGCAGCGGCAGCGAGCCUGA